GGCAUAAUCUGCGCCCUCUCGCGCACACACACACACACACACAGGGGGGGAGAGAGAGAGAGAGAGAGAGAGAGAGAGAGAGAGAGAGAGAGAGAGAGAGAGAGAGAAUGGGGUCCAGUGUGGCGCUUGGCAUAGAUCUCGGCACCUCCUUCUGCUGUGCAGCAAUCUAUCGCAACAGACAAGUGGAAAUCGUUCCCAACGGAAUAGGUUUACGUGUAACGCCAUCGGUAGUCGCUUUCAACGGGAAAAAAUGGUUCGUGGGUGAAGCGGCAAGCAAGUUUGGGGCGAGGAACCCUGACAAAUGCGUAUAUGAGGUAAAGCGUCUGAUGGGGCGAUCCUUCCUGGAUCCGAAGCUCAAGCAAUUGAAGCAUGCGUGGCCUUUCGAAGUGGUGGCCGGGCCAAGCGGCGGGGCUCGAGUUGAAGUCCCAGGAGUGUCCGGGAAGGAGGUGUUGGAACCGGAGGAGAUUUCUGCCAUGCUGCUGAAGGAGAUGAAGAAGAUCGCAGAGACUUUCGCAGGUGGCGUCACGAUCGAAGACGCAGUGAUCACUGUCCCCGCCUACUUCAACGACAGCCAACGGGAAGCGACGAAGAAGGCCGGUACUCUGGCGGGGCUGCACGUGCUCCGCUUGAUGAACGAGCCCACGGCAGCAGCGGCGGCGUGCGGAUAUCAGCGCUUGAUGGGCAAGGCAUGCGCGGGAAAGAAGGUAAUGGUGCUCGAUCUGGGGGGGGAAACGCUCGACGUAUCGAUCAUAGCCGUGAAGGAGGGAGCGAAGGAGGAGUGCGGCUUCGAGGUCCUUGCGGUGGAAGGAGAAUCGCGUCUUGGGGGCGCGGACUUCGACAACGGGCUGAUGAUGCAUGUCGCGGCGGAGUACGAGCGCCAAACAAAGCAGAGCAUAACCACCGACCACCGUGUGCGUGCGGCGCUGAGACAGGCAGUCAUUACUGCGAAGCACUCUCUUUCCUUCGAGGAUCAAGUGGACAUCGAGUUGGAGAAAGGUGGGGUGGAGUUCAGCAUGUCCAUCGACCGUUCAACGUUCGAGUCCUUGAAUGAAGACCUCUUUCGAAAGUGUAUCGAUGUAGUCGAGAAGGCUCUUCGGGAAUCCAACAUCCGGAAGCACGAUAUCUCGCAGGUGGUUUUGGCGGGAGGAUCAACGAGGAUACCAAGGGUACAAGAACUCCUCACAAAGUUCCUCGAGGGUAGGAGACCGUUGCAGACCGUGCACCCGGACGAGGUGGUGGCGUACGGGGCGGCCGUGCAGGCAGGACUUCUGGCGCCUGGUUUGAGGGAUAAGGACAGGCCCACCAUAGCCCUCGAGGACAUCACUGCGUUAAGCAUUGGUGUAAAAACGGAGGUGGAUGCAAUGUCUGUCAUCAUACCGGAAGGUUCUCGUAUUCCGGCGAAAGGAUCUAAACGAUACCGUUUACCUACAGACUUCCAAACGGAGGCGGAGUCCAAAAUCUACGAAGGCGAACGUGUUCUUUGCCGCAAUAACCGGUACUUGGGUGUGCUUCACCAAAAGGGCUUCCGGCCGUCGCUAGCUAACGGAAGAACGGUCUCCGAGGUUGCACUCGAAGUAAACAGCGACGGCAUUCUUUGUGUAAAGGUGGAAGCCACAGCAAAUCACGUGGACGUCGGAAGCAAGGUGGAGUGCCGCACAGUGCUCGGCAAGGAUGACGCUCUUGCUGGGGCGGUUACCAGCGAGCCUGAUCCGGAUUGGGAAGAGGACAAGUUAUUAGAUGCGACUUUCACGUCGCGAAGGAAGGUUCUAUUUCUAGAGAAUCACUUUCAGAACAUGUCUAAAGCGCAAAAAGCUGAGAUUGUGCCGGGUGAAAGCUUUCCCAGAGGAUGGUGGAACGAGGUCAUCGAAAGAUUCCCGUGGCUCGAGCAGUGCCCCUGGCCCAACAAACCAGCACAAGCCUUGAUCACAUGCAUGAAGCCAGAAAGCAUGGACGUAAUUAAACUCAUGUGGGAUUCCGGAGCCUUCCCCAACUUUUUCGAAAUGAUCGGGUUUAGUUACCUCGCGAGUAUGGCAAUGGCCUGGGACAGGGAUGGAGGCUCGUUCCGGGAAGAGGUGGAGAAACUAGGGGACCCCAGGUGCAACGAGGAUACGAGAGUUGGGGGUCGGAUGGUCGUGCAGCCCACGGGGAGAUUAGUAUGGAACAGGGAGAGGCGCAACGACCUUACCUUCCUGCAUAUGAAGUACACGAGCAGAGCAAUGGAGGCUUUCUCGGUGCGGAGACUGGUGCUAGGUGUGCUGAGGAGGCUAGUGGGUGAGGACGUGGAACAGCGGUUGGAGAAAGUGGUGUUUGGUUGGACGCUGCGGGCGAUGAUCAAGGCCGGGCUGAAUCAUAUUCCGCUCAGGGCCUUUGAUAUCGACGAAGCACUCUUCGAGCUCAACGGACUAUUGGACAGACUCAUCAUGGUCUCCAACGAUAUUGCCAGCAUGGGUGAACAUCAGAGGUGGCGAUUCAAGAAACUGGUACUGGACAAGGCAAGGAGUAAGAUGAAUGGCUACAUCAACAAGCACAUGUUCAUCUCAGCAGAACCAAUAAGUCAAACGAGCACGAGGCGGGAGAUAGAUUUCCUCACAGAGAGGUUCCUGGUUGUUCCCACUGACAAGUCCGCUAACACUCCUUCCUUUGUCUGUGCCAACUUCAUUCGUGUGCUCGCCUUACACAGACUGCAGGGCGAGGACUUCGUGCUACAGCAAGAGGAUCCUGAGCACAUCAUCCCAGCCAUAAAAGAGGAAUUGACCCAUCUCCCGGCCCUUCCUGUACCGCGUGAUGCACUGCCCUACCUAAUGGCAGUGUAUAAGGCACAUAAACAGUCCUUCCGAUGGAUCACUAACACUGCUAACACUGUUGUCUCCCCCAUGACUGACCUGUGCGCCUGUCUGCUUCGCUUCCUAACCCCGUCUGUGCAAUCUUACUGUUCGGAGAUGAGCAGGACAAUGGAAGCAGAAUACGAUGUCAAGCCCAAUCUAUGGUGGCCUAUCUCGUCGGUCGGUGAGUUUGCUGCAAACCUUCCCCAAACGAUCCACGUCAUACAUACAGCAGAUAUCAUGACCUACUAACCGCCAUUAGAUUCUUUGUUGAGACAGCGAUGAGCCAUCGAAGGGACAGGAGCUCGAGGGAUGUCAUUAAAGUGA